UUUGCAUUAUUACAGUCAGAGUCAAACGUCCGCCCUUUGAUUCAAACAACCAAACCAAAGCCAACAACAAGAGCAUUGUUAUUUGUUAUGUCCAAAGUCCAACCUUUGACUCACCAACACCGCCAUCCCCCAUCUUCUCAGGCCUCCCAAGAAAGAAACUCAUCAAGAAAACCCCCAAAAAUUCUCGGUUUCUUUUUUUUUUUGAUUGUAUGAUACAGUGCUGAUGAAGAACCAUUUUUGAAUCUGUAUCAUUCCAUGGCGUCAUCUCCGAAUAAGAACCUAAGUAGCACCGGAGGCUUAACUGUUCCAGAAAAUGCACUAAUCACCACGCUCUGCAACUCACUCCAAGCACUUGGUCGGGGCUUUGACGUCACUUCCGAUAUCAGGCUGUUGUACUGUAAGGGUGCCCCAGGGUCUCGUUUGGUGCAUAUUGAUGAAGAGCAAACGAGAAAUCUUGAAAUCUCUGAAUCUUGUGUGAUCCCGGAUGUGUCUGUUGACAUUGAAUGCUCCAGAGGCCAGAGUUCUAACGAGAAGACCCCUGUUUGGAGCUUUCAUGAGAUGGCAAAAUACUUCAAUGAAAAGUCAAGUGUGCCUGGUCAUAUACCACUUGGAAGCUUUAAUUCUAUGUUUAAUUUCAGCGGAUCUUGGCAACUUGAUGCAGCUGCCACAAAAUCACUUGCCAUGGUUGGAUACGUCAUCCCACUAUUUAGCGUUAAACUUGCAAAACACAAUUUAGUUUUACGUGAUGAAAUAAAACGCGCUGUUCCAUAUUCUUGGGAUCCUGCGUCCUUGGCAAGCUUUAUUGAAAACUAUGGGACCCAUAUUGUCACCUCUGCUACAAUUGGUGGAAGGGAUAUAGUCUAUAUUCGACAACACCAAUCAUCACCUUUAUCAGUAUCAGAUAUUGAAAACUAUGUGAAAGACAUUGGAGAGCAGAGGUUCUCAGAUUCGAAGGGCAAUACAAGUGCUGGUGCCUUAAAGUACAAGGACAAGGAUGUUACCGUCAUUUUCAGAAGGAGAGGGGGAGAUGACCUUGAACAGAGCUAUGCCAGGUGGGCCAGGACUGUGGAAGGAGCACCUGACGUGAUCAACAUGACAUUUACGCCUAUCGUUUCUUUGCUUGAAGGGGUGCCUGGAAUAAAACACUUAACUCGUGCUAUUGAGUUGUACUUGGAGUACAAGCCACCUAUUGAGGAUCUUCAGUAUUUCUUAGAUUUCCAAAUUUCUCGGGUUUGGGCUCCAGAGCAGAACAACCUGCAAAGGAAAGAGCCCGUUUGCCCGUCUCUGCAGUUCAGCUUAAUGGGUGCCAAGCUUUAUAUAAGCCCGGAUCAGGUUACAGUUGGGCGUAAGCCAGUCACUGGACUAAAACUCAGCCUUGAAGGCAGCAAACAGAACCGUCUUGCUAUUAACUUGCAGCAUCUUGUUUCUCUUCCUAAGAUUCUUCAACCCCAUUGGGAUGCACACAUGGCAAUUGGUGCGCCCAGGUGGCAAGGGCCUGAAGAACAGGACAGCCGAUGGUUUGAACCAAUUAAGUGGAAAAAUUUUUCCCAUGUGAGUACUGCACCAAUAGAAUAUACAGAUACAUGCAUCGGAGAUCUCUCUGGUGUUCACAUCGUCACUGGUGCCCAACUAGGCGUCUGGGAUUUUGGUGCGAAAAGCGUCUUGCACCUCAAACUCCUCUUCUCCAAAGUACCAGGGUGUACAAUAAGGCGAUCUGUAUGGGAUCAUAACCCCUCCAAUCUGUCCGCUGCACAAAAGCCUGAUGGUUCAUCAUCCUCGUUGCCAAACGAGAAAGGAGAUGGCUCCAGUCAACUUGGGAAACUGGCGAAAAUAGUGGAUAUGACGGAAAUGUCGAAAGGGCCCCAAGAUAUGCCAGGUCACUGGUUGGUAACCGGAGCCAAGCUUGGAGUUGACAAAGGGAAAAUUAUCUUACGCGUGAAAUACUCUCUAUUGAACUACUGAUAGAUCAUAUUUCUAGGAUUUUUCUUUCUUGUACCUCCAUACACAGGUUAGCCGGAUUUCAGCGUUCUCUGCACAGGCUAUGGUAUUAGUCUAUUCUUGUGUACAUUUGUUGAUUAUAAUUAUUCAUUGUGGUGGAGCAUUUUUCAGUUGCUGAUAUUUUGUUACUUAUUCAAGUACUACUU